UUGCUCCAGCGAUGACGCUUCAGUCCUGACGGUUUAUUUUAGCUCCGGUAUUUUUCCUGUCCGCUUUACAUUUUUACCCCCGAUGUAGCUUAAAACACACAUUUUGUUUUUUAUCCCUAGCUUAGCUUUUCAUUUCAUCUGAGCUCGGAUAUUAACCGCUUUCCCCCCCGCUCCUUCAUGCCGCUUCCCCCGCUGUCUUUUACUGCAUUUUAGAUGUAUUUUGUGUCCCUUGUUUCCUCCAGUAACCCAUGUCUGUGUGCAUCCCGCCUCCCUGCGCUCUCAAUAGAUGGUGCAAGUCAAAAUGUCCAAAUCGCCCGUAGACCCUCUGUCUGCUGUGGAAACAGGCUCCCAGUCGCACUAUUUCCAGCUGCCCAGGAAGUUGCCUAAACGCAAGAGCCGCUUCAAACGCUCAGAUGGCAGCACGUCUUCUGACACAACAUCCAGCUUCAUCAAACGGCAGGGGUCGGCUGAUUCGUACACCAGUAGACCGUCGGAUUCAGACCUGUCAGCAGAGGAGGACCGCGAGGCGUAUCGGCGUGAAGCCGAGCGCCAGGCACAACUGCAGCUCGACAGAGCUAAGUCCAAACCUGUAGCGUUUGCAGUAAAGACGAAUGUGAGUUACUGCGGAGCUCUGGAUGAGGACUGUCCUGUCCAAGGAGCUGCAGUUAAUUUCGAUGCCAAAGACUUCCUGCACAUCAAAGAAAAGUAUAAUAAUGACUGGUGGAUCGGCCGGCUAGUAAAAGAGGGUGCAGACAUCACCUUCAUCCCCAGCCCUCUGCGACUCGAGGCCAUGAGGCUCAAACAGGAGCAGAAACAAAGGAAAACAGGAGGUAACUCCUCCAGUUUAGGGGACAUGGUGACAGGGAGCUGGAGGACCACACCGCCAUCUGCAGGUGAAUCCAAACAGAAGCAAAAACAGGAACACGUCCCUCCCUACGACGUGGUGCCCUCUAUGAGGCCGGUGGUCCUCGUGGGACCAUCGCUGAAGGGCUAUGAGGUGACGGAUAUGAUGCAGAAAGCUCUUUUUGACUUCCUGAAACACAGAUUUGAGGGAAGAAUCUCAAUCACCCGUGUAACUGCCGACCUGUCUUUAGCCAAGAGAUCUGUCCUCAACAAAAGACCCAUCAUGGAGAGAUCCAACACGCGCUCCAGCCUAGCGGAGGUUCAGAGUGAGAUUGAGAGGAUAUUCGAACUCGCCAAAACGCUGCAGCUGGUGGUUCUGGACGCGGACACCAUCAACCAUCCCGCACAGCUAGCCAAAACCUCCCUCGCACCCAUCAUUGUCUACGUGAAAGUUUCCUCACCAAAGGUGCUCCAGAGGCUGGUCAAAUCCAGGGGGAAGUCUCAGAGCAAGCACCUGAAUGUGCAGAUGAUGGCUGCAGACAAACUCUCUCAGUGCCCCCCUGAUAUGUUUGAUGUCAUUUUGGAUGAGAACCAGCUUGAAGAUGCAUGUGAGCAUUUGGCUGAAUACCUGGAGGUCUACUGGCGUGCCACUCACCUCCCAGGAAACACCCCUCUCAACCCCUUAUUGGAGCAGAGUCUGAUGACCCCGCCUUCUGCCAUCUCCAGCCUCCAGAACCAGAACAAGAACCAGCCGCAGCCUCGUGAGGCGGUGGGCCUGGAGGGUGAGGAGGAGGAGGAGGCAGGUGAGGAGGCCCACUCCCCCCUGGAGCAGGACAGUCUUAUGCCGUCUGACGAGGCCAGCGACUCCCUGUCUCGCGGCCGGAGGGGGAGCCCGUGCCACAGGGGGGGUGAGGAGGACGAAGAGGAGGAAGAAGAGGAAGAGGAGGAGGAAGAGGAGGAGGAGGAUGAGUAUGCCUCCCCCUGCCAUGCUCGCACAUACAGGGACAUGUACCCCCCUCACCGUGGGCACACCGGCAGUGCCCACAGUGCCAACGGGCACGAGUCACAGGACAGGCUGCUCCAACGCGAAGCUCAGCAAGGCCACAACCAGAGGAACAACCGCCAGCGCAGCCGCCCCUGGCCCCGAGACACCUACUGAGGAACAAGCCCCCCCUCCCACCCACACGGCCUCCAGAUCAGCACCGAGCCCUACGACUGUCGUACGUUCCCAAACAAACGAUUUACAGAUGAAACACUUGCCCCAAAAUCAGAUGCCCAGUUUAUAAAGUAGACAUCUUUAGGUCUAUUUUUAAAGUAUUAACAGUCGCUCUCUUCCAGACUCCCAGUUUUAAUUUAUCUUUCGGGGAUUGCACUGACCUCUCCAGGGUCACGUGAUUCAGAUUAAAGUCAACAGGGCUACUCAACUCUGCAAUGGAAAGGUUUCAGGCUACCAGCUGUACGCAAACUCAAACUUUAGCUGCUUUGCCUAAGGUUUCUCUAUUGUAGGAUGUCUCAUAUACUGGCCUUAAAAUUCCUAAGACUUUUAACUAUCUUUACUAUUGCAUGUAUGAGUAUAAUUAUUUUAAGACUAUUUGCACAUUGACGUCAGAACAGGAACUGAAUGAACCUUACGGAUAAACUAAUGUAGGAAUGUCUACUGUUGAAUCCACUUAUGGGGAAUAGUAAUGCAUUUGAUUACAAUGUAUAUACUGAAUGGGCACCUGGUUUUGUUUCAUUGCUACUAUAUUUGUUUGAUUAUGUUUAAUAUGGACUUGUUCGUUGUUUCAGAGAAAUGUUGCCACCCAUGUGUUCAGUCAGUUUUUACUCUGAAGACGGUGAAUGGAGACACACACACCUACACACACACUUAAUAGUCUCUUAACGGUCACAAUGUACACUGAACGAAAAUUUAAAAGCAACACUUUUGCCUUUAUUCCCAUUUUUCACAAGUUUAAGUAAAGAUCUAAGACUUUUUUUAUGCGCUCAGAAGAUAUAAUUCUCUCAAAUUUUGGUCGCAAGUUUGUUAAAAUCCGUGUUAGCGAGGACUACUUCUUCUCCAUGACAAAUCAUCCGCCUAACAGGUGUGGCAUGUCAAGAUGCUGAUCAAACAGCAUCAUUACUACACAAGUGUGUCAUGGUAGGGUCACACCUACACGCCAAUGGCAUGCUGACUGCGGGAAUGUCCACCAGAGCUGUUGCUGGUAAAUUAAAUCUUCGUUUCACUACCAUAAGCCGUCUCCAAGGCUGUAAAUUUGGCAGUACAUCCAACCAGCCAACAACUGCAGAGCACGUGUAACCUCACCAGCUCAGGACCUCCACAUCCAGUGUCUUCACUUUACGAGAUAGUCUGAGACCAGCCACCAACAGCUGAUGCAACAAUGGGUUUGCACAACUGAAGAAUUUCUGCACAAACCGUCAGAAACCGUCUCAGGGACGCUCAACUGCGUGCUCGUCGUCCUCAUCAGGGUCUUGACUUGACAGCACUUAGUCGUCAUAACCGACUUGAGUGGGCAACUGCUCACCUUUGAUGGCGUCUGGCACUGUGGAGAAGGGUUCUCUUCACAGAUGAAUCCCAGUUUACACUAUAUCGGGCAAAUAUUAGACGCUGCGUCUAAAGCUGUGUGGUCAAGCGGAUUGCUAGUGUCAAUUGUGUGAUCAGAGUACCCCAUGGUGGUGGUGGGGUUAUGGUACGAGGAGUGUGAAUGCAUGGAGAUACAUUGACGAGAUUCUGAGACCUAAGGUCUAUACAGAUUUAAGGUCUAUACAGAUUUAAGGUCUAUACAGAUUUCUUGGAAGCUAAAAAGAUCCCAGUUCUUGCAUGGCCUGCAUCCUCACCAGACCUGUCGCCCAUUGAGCAUGUUUGGGAUGCUCUGGACUGGCGUGUACAACAGUGUUUUCCAAUUCCUGCCAAUAUACAGCCACUUUGCACAGCCAUUGAAGAGGAGUGGGCCAACAUUCCACAAACCACAAUCAACAACCUGAUCAGCUCAAUGUAAAGGAGAUGUGCCAUGCUGCAUGUGGCAAAUGAUGGUGUCAUGGCAAUUGGCAACCCUCCUGCAGCUUCAAACGUGCCACCGAGACAACUACCUUAGCCAUGUUUGCCACCACAUGAACAACCCCGCGGAUAAAUUCCAAAGGAAGCCCACUCUAGUUGCAUAGCCAGGGUAUAAGCUCCAAAACACAAUAUUAAAUGUGCUAUGGACAGCAUGUCCUUGCCACAAAAAAAAUCACCAGAACACCUCCGAUCUGGUGGAAAAACAGAAGUUCAUAAAUCCAAAACCCACAGAAACCUCCAGUGUCAGAACCAGAACAUCGACAAUACUUAUUGAAAGCAGCUUAUACCCGUCCAAAAGUGUCUCCCUGUCGUGCUUUUUGCAACUUGCAAGGUUUACUACAAACUCUGGACAUGUAGUGCUGAUGCACCAGAGUCAGUAGUGUAGGGAGAGGAUGACACUCCCUGAAACACACACACAAAACAGAGGCAUGUUCCGAAGGUCUGAUGACACCAGGUCUGACCACUGUUCUGUCUUUUACGUGCAUGGGAUACGCCAGGUGCAGGUGUGUUCCAUGCUGCUGAUGGCACUCAUCAAGGCUGUGAGGAUGGUUGGAUGUACUGCCAAAGUCACAGAAAAGAAACUGGAAAUUGUGUCGCUGGACUGUGUUGUGUGAUCAAACUACACACUUUAGAGUGGCCUUUUAUUGUGACCAGCCUGAGGCACGCCUGCAUAGUAAUGAUGCUGUUUAAUCAGCAUCUCGAUAUGCCACACCUGUCAGGUGGAUAGAGUUUCUUGGGAAAAGUGAGGUCUUCACUAACACUGACUUUAACAAAUUUGCAACCAGAAUUUGAGAUAAAUUAGUCUGUUGUGUGCAUAAAAAAGUCUUAUAUCUUUAACUUAAAGUUCCAGUGUGCAGGAUUGAGAGGGGUGUAUUGGCAGAAUGGAAUGUACGGUGUAUAAUCACCUGAAAAUAAGAAUAGUUGAGUUUGUUGUUACCUUAGAAUGAACCGUUAGUAUCUACAUAUGGAGAGGGUCCUCAUCCACAAAGUCCACCAUGUUACUACAGAGGCCCAGAACAGACAAACUAAACACUGGCUCUAAAAUAAGGCCAUUUGUGUUUUCACGUCAGCCACUGUAGUUAACAACGAAGAGCGUGUCGGGAACAGGGCAGAUUUUUUCAAUGUAAAAUUCCUUUAUUUAGUGUAUUAUCAGUUUAAAACACCAGGUUUGUUUGUUUUGGAGAGACCUUUGUCGACAAUUUGGCCUCUGAAAGUCUGGAUCUUAAGUUAUUAGAGAAAACAGGUGAGCACUCAUUAGCAGGUGCUGGGCUAGUGCCCUGUCUGUGACAUGCCAAAAACACGACUUUAACAUGAAGCUGCUUUGAGAGGAAUUAAGUUUUUUUUCACUCACAUACAUCCAGGCCUGAAAUACACACACACAAAUACACGCACAAACAGGACCUAUACAUGCAUUAAAUGUCGAGAUGUCAGAGCGAGGGGGCUGCCUAUGGACAGGCGUCUUGAGCAGUUGGGGAUUUGGUGCUUUGUUCAAGGGCACCGGCAGUGCUCAGGAGGUGACUGGCACCUCUCUGGAUAGGGACUUGAACCAAUGACCCUCUGGUUCCCAACCCAGGUCCCUAUCAACUGAGCUGCUGCCGCCCCAAGAUUGGGUUAUUUAGUCGUUUUACCAGUUUUAAUCACCUGGUCUGUUUGUUUUUGAGAGGAAGAGACCUCUGCUGA